AUGGCCUCUCUCGGUGAAGACCUGCUCGGAGUAGUCAACAAGCUUCAGGACCUCGUCUUCAACACGAUUGGAAAUGACUCGCUGGACUUGCCUCAGAUUGUUGUUGUAGGUUCGCAAUCGUCAGGAAAGUCGUCGGUACUGGAGAACAUUGUCGGCCGCGACUUUCUUCCUCGAGGAAGCGGCAUUGUCACACGUCGCCCUCUUAUCCUCCAACUCAUCAACGUGCCCAGCAAUGCCGACAGCCCCGAAGGCGAUGAGAUCCACGUGCCACACACUCCGGCCUCUGUCGCUGGCCAAGACGAAUGGGGAGAGUUCAACCACAUCCCAGGCCGUCGCUUCUACGACUUUGGUGAGGUUAAGAGGGAGAUUGAGAACGAGACGGCCAGAAUUGCCGGCAACAACAAGGGUAUCAACCGCCAACCCAUCAACCUGAAGAUCUACUCGCCCCAUGUUCUUAGUCUGACUUUGGUCGACCUGCCUGGUCUUACAAAGGUGCCGAUUGGCGACCAACCUGGCGACAUCGAGAAGCAGACGCGCAAUCUCAUUACCGAGUACAUCGCAAAGCCCAACAGUAUCAUCCUCGCAGUCUCUCCCGCCAACGUCGACCUGGUCAACUCUGAAGCGCUCAAGCUGGCCCGUCAUGUCGACCCCAUGGGCAGACGUACGAUUGGUGUCCUGACAAAGCUGGAUCUGAUGGACCACGGAACAAACGCCAUGGACAUUCUCUCUGGUCGUGUCUACCCCCUGAAGCUAGGCUUCAUUGGAGUCGUCAACCGCUCGCAGCAAGAUAUCCAGGGCAACAAGUCGCUCUCCGAUGCUCUCUCGGCCGAGAGAGACUUCUUCCGCACACAUCCCGCCUACCGCAACAUGGCCACCCGCUGCGGUACCCAGUACCUGGCAAAGAGCCUCAACACUACCCUGAUGGGUCACAUUCGCGAGCGUCUGCCCGACAUCAAGGCUCGUUUGAACACCCUGAUGGGUCAGACUCAACAAGAGUUGGCCAGCUACGGAGAUGUUGCAUUUGCUGGCAAGGAACACCGCGGCUCGCUGGUUCUGCAACUCAUGACUCGCUUCGCUACUUCCUUCACCUCGUCCAUCGAUGGUACGUCCUCCGAGAUCUCAACAAAGGAGCUUUGCGGUGGUGCCAGGAUUUACUACAUCUUCAACUCUGUUUUCGGCAACUCUCUGGAGACUAUUGACCCAACAACUAACCUUUCUGUCCUCGACAUCCGUACCGCCAUCCGUAACUCGACCGGUCCUCGUCCCAGUCUUUUCGUACCCGAACUUGCUUUUGACUUGCUGGUGAAGCCUCAAAUCAAGCUGCUUGAGAUCCCCAGUCAGCGUUGUGUUGAGCUGGUUUACGAAGAGUUGAUCAAGAUCUGUCACAGCUGCGGCUCAUACGAGCUGUCAAGAUACCCUCGCUUACAAGCCAAGCUGAUCGAAGUUGUUUCGGACCUGCUCAGAGAGAGAUUAGGCCCUUGCUCGCACUACGUCGAGUCGCUCAUCUCUAUCCAGCGCGCAUACAUCAACACCAAUCACCCCAAUUUCCUCGGCGCAGCGGCUGCUAUGAACUCGGUCAUCAACGACAAGCAAGAGAAAGAGAAGGCAAUGGUCGCAGCAGAAGAGAAGAGAAAGAAGGAUGAGAAGCGAAUGAAGGCUUUGAACGGUGCUAAUGGCGCCGGCGAGCCCGAGGACGAUCAGGAAAAUGAAGCCGCUACUGGUGGAAAGGCAGCAACUCUCCCUAUUCGCAGCCACCUCAGCAAGGCCAGUCGUAGCAUGUCACCCGCUGUUGGACGUGCUGGUAUGGCUGGUACAAAUGGUACGAGAUCAGGAUCACCACCAAGAUUCGCAGGAGCAGGAGGCACUGCUAGAGACAGUUUCCUCAACUACUUCUUCGGCAAGGAAGGCGGUCUGCCGCAGUCAAACGGUUUCCCUGGAGGCAACAUGUCUUCGUCCAACCUCCCCGCUGGCAGCAGGCAUGUCAGCUCAAACAUCGAGCCCAGCUUUGCAGGCAGCAUUCGCCGAGGCGACACUAAGCUUCCCGAACGGCCCAUGUCAUCUCACAUUUCCGUCCCUGGCGAGUACGACUCUGAGGAUGCCGACAACGGCUACCCGCUAGCAGACGAAGGUCCAGCACUCACCGAGCGAGAAGCUCUUGAAACCGAAUUGAUCCGUCGUCUGAUAUCAUCAUACUUCAACAUUGUCCGAGAAACCAUUGCCGACCAAGUGCCCAAAGCCGUCAUGCAUCUUCUCGUCAAUCACUCAAAGGACGUUGUUCAAAACAGACUGGUCAGCGAAUUGUACAAGGAAGACUUGUUUGGAGAAUUACUGUACGAAGACGACGCCAUCAAGAGCGAGCGCGAAAAGUGCGAAAAGUUGCUAUCGACAUACAAGGAGGCUGCCAAGAUUAUCGGAGAGGUUUUGUAA